AUGCCUAGAGAGGUGUGUACGGAGGAGGAUGUAGUAUUAAUUGAAGAAGUAUCCUUAGAUGAAUGGGGACAAGAGAAUCAGGUGGGUGAAAUAGAGGAGGGGAAUAAAUCCUUGUCUGAUCAGGAAGAGGGUGAAUUAAAUGACAAAGUAGGAAAAGAUAAAGAUUACAUGUCUGAGGGAGGAACUAGUGGAGCAAAGAGCAGAGAUGGAACAAAUGGUCUAAGCACAACGAGAAGCACAAAGCAGGACUUCCAAAGGUAUGGGACAUCCCCGUUUCGCUUCCAACAAAUGUGGGUGGAGCACCAAGACAUUUUUCCAUUAGUCAAAACGAGUUGGGAGGAGGAGGGGCGUGGUAGAGGUUUAGAGAACCUGGCUUUUAAACUGAAACACAAUAAACAUGUCCUCAAAACAUGGAACAAGGAAAAAUUUGGGCAUGUGGAAAUAAUGAUCCGAGAGUUAGAACAGAGUUUUGAAGUUCUAGAUUCUCACCUACAGGAGGGAUAUGAGGAAAUGGUGGAACAGGAUCUGCUCAUAACAAAAAUCGAACUAGAUAUAUGGAAGAAAAGAAAGGAGUCCAUGUUAGAGCAGAAGGCCAAAGCUAAAUGGAUAAGAGAAGGGGAUAAUAACACUCGGUUCUUCCACUCGAUUCUGAAGAGAAGGCAGCAAACUCAAGUGAAUGAAAUGCUCAAAGCUGAUGACACUUCAUUCGAAUCCCUUGAAGCGGUUUAUAAGGGAGCUGUACAAUACUUCCAAAGGUUGUUGGAUCUUAAAUGUGAGGGGGGGCUACUAGACUUAAGUUUAUUUGUGGAUAACGUUAUAACGGAAGGGGAGAAUAAGGAGAUUACUAAGUGCCCCAUAGUAAAAGAUAUUCGGCAAGCUCUCUUCAGCAUUCCAGUGGAGAGUAGUCUGGGACCAGACGGAUUCGGAUCGAGCUUUUUCAGAAAUUGCUAG